AUGUUUAAGGAAGAGGGUUUUUGGGAGUGUGAGCGUGAUUCUCCACUCUUUAAUCGUAGUGGAUUAACUUCCGAAUCAAAUCUUAAAAUGAUCUUACCAAAAUUUAGAAAUUUACAUAGAAUCUCCAAAUCAUUACUUAAACUUGAUUAUAUUACUAUUAUUCAUAAUAAUUCUAAUAAUAAUUCUAAUAAUAAUUCAAAUAUUAAGGAGGAAAAUGAUGUAAAAAAUUCUAAAGAUGAUAAUUUAUUGAAUAAUUCAAUUAAUUCUUCCGUUACGGUGACUGGUCCACCAAACAGUACUACCACUACCACUGAAGUUACUGAUACCACUAACAAUACUACUAAUAAUACUACUAAGGGUACUAAUGAUAUUGACGAUGAUAGUACCAAGGUUACUACUACUAAUAGUGAAGAUAGUAGUACUGAAGAAAAUCCUAAUGAAAUUUCCGUUGUAACUAAUUUUGGGGAGUCGAGUACUUUUUCUGAUGAUACUACUGGAGCUAAUGGUAAGGAUACUAAUACUAACGAUAGUAGUAAUAAGGAUACUGUAAAGGAUAGUAAGGAAACCCCUUUGGGGGUUAAGGAAUCCCCUAUUGGGGUUGGAGGUACUGUUGUCGGUGAUACAUACACCGUAACGGAAGAAUUAAAAAGAAUAUUUAAAUUAGAUGCAGAACGUACAUUUAAAAAUGAAAAAUAUAAAGAACAAUUUUAUAAAAAUUUAUGUUUAGUAUUUGAAAGAUUAGGUGAUUAUCAUCAAGGUGAAGGAUUUAUAAUAGCAUUAUUAUCAAUAUAUUUAAAUACAAUAGAAGUAAUAAAUGUAAUGAGAGUAAUGAGUAAUAAUUAUUUGCCAGGAUAUUUCUCAUCCAAACCAAGAAAUUAUGUAAGAGAUUCUAAAGUAUUAAUGUUACUAUUGGAAAGAAGAAAUAUAAAACUUUAUCAAAUAUUAAAUGAUUUAAUUGUACCCGAAGCAUUUGUAUCUAAAUGGUUCAUAGGUUUAGGUAUACAUAUUUUUGAUUUCGAAGCUAUAUCAACAUUACUUAAUUAUCUUUUUGAACAAGGACAAAUAUUUUUAUUUAAACUUGGAUUAUCAUUUUUUAUGAAUUUUUCUAAUGAAAUAUUAGAAAAACCUGAUGUAUCAUUUGUAUUGAAAUUAUUACGUUUGGAUGAUGAAGUUAUACCUAAAGAUGAUUAUGAACGUAGUAAAAUAUAUUAUGAUAUUUUAAUGGGUUCAUUUGAACAAGAUGUUACUGAAUUGGAAAUUAAUGAAUUACGUUUAAAAGUUGAAAAACAAAUGAAACAAGAUGAUGAAUUAAGAGAAUUAAGACAAAAGGUACCCGUAACGGUGCUUGCUCCAGCAGCUCCUAUAUCACUACUUAGUUACCCCUGA